AUGCAGAACCACUCCUCUCUCUCGUCCAGCAGCGCUGCCGUCGACGCCUCGCCUCCAUCAUCGGGCAAGAGCGGCGGCAACCCGGGCAACUUUUCGCCCGUGCCCACCGGCUCGAACGGCGCGAUCCCGUCCGUGCCGCCCGUGCCCGGUGGCGUAUCAUCCAGCCCUCCGUCGUCCGCAUUCACAACGGGCAGUCCCAGCGGCUCGGGCUCGUUCAUCGCGGUGCCCCUGUCGAGCUCGGGCAGCGGCAUCAGCGGGCAGCCGGCGCUGGCCAGCAGCUCGGCGGCGCACAAACGCGGCUCGUUCACCAUGCUCGACUCCUCCACACAGAGCCCUUCCAUGUACCGCGAGAAGGUCAAGAACCUUCAGGAGUCGAGCGAGCACUUGUGGAAGUACCUGCGGAAGAUUGCCGACACCUCGCGCUCGCUGGCCGUGAGCGGCUCGGUCGGUGACGCGGUGCAGUUUGCGGACGAGCUGCUCGAGUUUGCCUUUGCCAGAAACGACCAAAAAGGUUCGGUUCAGCUUAAUCUCAAGAACAUCGGCUCGGCCCUGAAAGAUCUGGAGACCAUGCGAAGCACCCUGAUGGAGCAGCUCGAGAAUAUCGUGACUAUUCCGCUGGAGCAGUUCCUGCAGGUGGACAUCAAGGGCGCGCUCGAGAUGAAGAAGCGGCUGGUCAAGACGCGUGACCAGUACGAGGCUGCGCAGCUCAAAUACGACCUCGUCCGCACUUCCAAGAAGAAGAAAGACCAGGCCGAGAAGUCCGAGAAGCUCGAGACGGAACUGGCCGAGUUGAAGAAGCUGUACGAGCUGACGAACAUCAACUACGCAAACCGCCUGUCCAAGAUCGACGCCAAGAAAUCGUUCGAGGUGUUGGAGCGACUGGGCACGUACAUGUACGCCACCAUGGCCUUCUUUCACCAGGGCUCGGAUCUGCUCGCGGAUCUCGAGCCGUCGCUGCGCGAGCUGAUGAUGACGCUCGACGAAGAGCGAACACUCUACCUCACCGAAACCCUCAAGCAGGACGCCGGCAAAAAGGCCCCUUUGAUGCCUACGCUCGAAAAGCAGGGCUAUCUUUUCGUCAGGAUCCGCGGCAGGAGCGGCGGCAUGCGCUGGAAAAGGCGGUGGUUUGUGGUGGCCGAGGGAGGAUUUCACACGUACAGGAGCUGGAAGGAACUCAAUCCCGUCAGCACGCACGACAUGCUCCUCUCCACGGUUAAAACUUUGAGUUUGAUGUGGCCUAACAAGGAAGCGCUGCUGCUGCAAGCGGCUUCGGAGAAAGACAGAAGUGAGUGGAUGGAAGUUUUGCUGAACGCGAGCGGCUAUCGCUUGAAGCAGUCGCAGAUCGCGAACACGCAGCAGCACACCAGCGCACUGACCACAUUCCAGCGACCGUACGAACAACUGCGAGCUCUGUCAGAGGCGAACCGCUUCUGCGCCGAUUGCAACCAGAAGGAGUGCGCGGGCGUGCACCGUGGCUUGGGCGUUCACAUCUCGCGAGUCAAGUCGCUCGUUCUGGACAAGUGGGAGCCCGAAUUGUUGAUGCUGAUGAAAUCCAUCGGCAACGCCAUGGCCAACAGCAUCUGGGAGUUCAACGCGUCGCCCGCCCUCAAACCCAAUGAGUCGUCUGAUCGGGAAACACGAGAGCGCUACAUCAAGGCCAAGUACGAGCUCCGUCGGUUCACGCACCGGCCCGAAAUCAGCACACAGAAGCUGCAGGAGCAAUUGCUGGAGGCAGUGCUGGAGAGCGACGUGGUGCGGGUUUACCACCUCCUGGCACAGGGCGCAUCGCUCGACUAUCAGGACGCCAACAAAAAGUCGGUGCUCCAUCACGCCGUGGAGGAGGACAAGACGAACCUCUUCUGCCUCGAAUUGCUGGUGCAGUCGGGCGCCAAGGUGAACAUGGUCGACGACUUGGGUCGCUCGCCCCUCCACUACGCAGCCCUGCACGACCGCGCGUCCGUCGCCCGGUUGCUCAUGAACAGAGGCGCCCAGGCCAGACUCAAAGACGCCGAGGGCAAGUCGCCGGAGGAUUUGGCCAACGAGUUCCACUGUCGCAACUACCAGUCGCUGAUGAACGACGAGUUCGAGGAGAAGCGCAAGCGCCGCACGGACCGGCUGUCGAGCAACAACCCGGUGGGGCGCGGCCACUUUGCGACGCCCAAGGCGGCCGACGCGGCGCCCACCAGGGCCUUUGAGCGCAUGCGCACCAUGACCCAGUCGCACGCCCAGUCGCAGUCGUUCACGUCGCUCCCCGCCAGCGACUACACGGCCCUCGCCCUUGCCACCGCGUCCGGCCGCUCUGGCGGCUUCGACGCCAUGUACCACAGCCUCGACGAGGUGGCCCUGUCGUCGUCGCCCAAGCCCCAGCACCGCAGCGGCAGCAACAUCGUUCACGGCAGCCCGGCCAUGGCGACCGUCGCGGUGUCGCCGCAGACCGCGCCGAACUCUGCGACGCCCUCGGUGCCGUCCGGGCCGCCGCAGUCGCCGCGCUCGCUGUCGGCCUCGACGUCGUCGCUCGGCGCCGGCGGUGGGAUUGUGUCGCCCGGCCGCGCCAAGCUGCUGGACCUCAAGCAGGCCCUGGCUCUCGAGAUCGGCGAGGUCAACGAGCGACUCGAGCAGAUGAAGUCGUCCACCGCCGGCGCCCGCGCCUCCGCGGUGCAGAGCGACGGCGGCGAGCAGCAGCAGCAGAAGCAGCCGCCCGUGGACCAACACAACGGCGAGCCGGACGCCGAGUCGGCGCUGCUCGCCAACAAGCUGCGCGUGGUCAAAAUGCUUCUCUUCCACGAGUACCGCCCCAAGGAGAAAAAGGAGCAGAGCAUGGAGUUGAGCGAGGACCGGGAGACCGAUUCGGAGGACACGACCGACCUGGCCACGGACGAGGACUUCGAGGACGACCGGGACUAUGACGGCGCCGACACCAACGACGGCGACGAGAACGGCGACUCCAACGACGAAGACACCGGCGAUGAAGACGACGGCGACGGCGACUCAGAGGACGACGACGGUGAAGCCGAAGGCGAAGGCGACGAUGACGACACCGAAAGCGACCACGGCGGCGACGCGGGUGGGAAGCGGGAUCAAGGCAGCGGCUCCUUCGACGAGACCAAGACCGGCACGUCGAACAAGGCCGAUCAGGGCACCCCGCAGCAGCAGCCGGCCAAGAAGCGGGGCAGCUGGCUGGCCUUCCGGUUGCCGCACAGGGACGAUGACGGUCUGUCGUCGCCGGACCAGCUCAGCGCCGACGACGACAGCUCCCGCGGUAGCGGCAGCACGGCCGGCGUGAUUGGGAUGAGUCGGCUGACGCCCCGGGGCAACCUCAGCAGCAGCGGAGGCGCGGCCUCGUCUGUCGGCGGCGGCGGCGGCGACAACUGCGACCUUGACAAGAAGGGUCCCCGCGGCUUCAAGAGCCCGCGAGAGGCUCAGGCGUCGAUUGGAGGGAGCAGCGACAGCCUCCAGCACCACCACCGGAGGGAUGGUGGCGGAGGGCAGCGGCGGCACAAGAGCGACGAGAAGGACCGCCACGACUCAGACCAUGAGAAGCCCAGAGACCGCACCCUCGCCAAGCGCCACAGCCAAGAGAAGGAAGAGGACAAGGACGGGAAGACGCUGGGCCACAAGGUGAAGGGCUGGGCGUCGAGGAGGAGCAAGGGUGGGUCGACAAAGAGGCGGGAGUCAGAGGAGAUCGUUUUCGUCAACCACAACCCCAUACAUAACUACAUCAAGAUCAACGCCAACGUGAAGGAGAAGGAGAACAGGGAGCGCGAGCUCGCCGAGUUGGUGAAGACGCCUCCCGGGCCUUGA